AUGAAUUCAAAUCAAGAUCAGCACGACACGAAAUCCGACAUUUUCCCCCUUGAUGAACAUUUGCAAGCGGAUUAUUCCGUCCCUGAUGGUUCUUGGGAGCACAAUUUAGAGAAAAAGAGGUUAAGAAGUAAGACAUAUGGUCCAAAUAGUCAGAAUCAACAGACAUAUGGUGGUCCAAAUAGUCAGAAUCAGCAGACAUUUGAGCCAAAUAGUCAGAAUCAGCAGGACUAUAUGAAACAAGCACAAGUGGACAAUGACGAUGAUAAUGGGGAUUUCCCUGAACAUCGUGAAUCGAGAACUUAUGAACAUCAUUCAAGUUUGUUUAGUUCUUUGCCACAUUUACAUUUUGGCAGUCCUAAAGGAUACCCAGGUACCGAUGAUGUCAAGAAUAAGGAAAAAGAUGAUGGUAGCAGCCGCGCCAUUCCACAGGGAAAAAAGGAUUUAGCUAAUUCUACUACUUACAACUUUGCCGACGACGAUGAUGAAGAUCAUAUUGAUGAUUUCAUCAACUUGUUAGGGUGA